ACGGUCCGCUCCGGUCUAAAGGACGCUGGCGGCAAAAAUCAGUUCGUUUUUUACUGGAUUAUAAAUAUAUUUCAAGAGAAUGGCAGAAGAUUCUUGGGCGUUAGCAGUCGAUGUUCAGGAGACCACAACUCCGUCCCGUUUGUUUCCCAAACAUAUCACAUCAACACUUCAUCAAUUGAAGGAGGACGUUAAUGCUAACCUAGAGCCAAAUUGGAGCCAGGAUGAAGAAAAUGAGGCGGCGGGUGAUCGUGUUAACAAAGCGGAGCAGUCUCUGCUUAAUAAACUGAUCCGCUGCUCUCUGGUGAAGAACGGGAACCAGGUUGAGGUCCAGCAGGCAGACCCCAAGUCCCCUCUGUUCUCUGCCAAAACCUUUGAGGAACUCAGACUGAAACCUGAACUGUUGAAAGGUGUCUUCACGAUGGGAUUCAACAGACCAUCCAGGAUCCAGGAAAAUGCUUUGCCUAUGAUGCUCGCAGAACCACGUCAGAAUCUGAUCGCUCAGUCGCAGUCUGGCACCGGUAAAACUGCAGCGUUCUCUCUGGCCAUGCUGAGUCACGUCAACCCUGAAAAUAACUGGACUCAUGUGAGCAAAAGGUCUUAUACCCCAUUUACACUACCCUUGAAAACCGUGCCGAGACCGGUCCAAUCUCAUGGUGUUUUUAUGUCUGCAUGCCUGUGUUCAGUGGAGCGAGGCAUUAAGCGGCAGGAGCAGAUCGUCAUUGGAACCCCAGGAACGGUCCUAGACUGGUGCACCAAGUACAAGCUUAUCGACCCCAAGAAGAUCACCAUGUUUGUUCUGGAUGAAGCUGACGUGAUGAUCGCCAGGCAGGGCCAUCGGGAACAGAGCAUCCGUAUCCAAAGGCUGCUCAACAAAAGCUGUCAGAUGCUGCUCUUCUCCGCAACCUUUGAGGAUUCUGUGAUGACGUUUGCUGAGCGAGUGAUUUCACAGCCGAAUAUCAUCCGACUCAAACGGGUGGAAGAGACGCUGGAAACCAUCAAACAGUUUUACGUUCUUUGUAGGAGGAAGGAGGACAAGUUCAUUGCGCUCUGCGACCUGUACGGGUGCCUGACUAUUGCACAGGCAAUGAUCUUCUGCCAUACUCGGAAGAUGGCUGCUUGGCUGGCUUCACGGCUGAUUGAAGAAGGCCACCAGGUGUCUCUGCUGAGCGGAGAAAUGACUGUGGAGCAGAGGGCUGCUGUCAUUGAACGCUUCAGAAAUGGCAACGAGAAAGUGCUGGUGACCACUAACGUUUGUUCCAGAGGUAUUGAUGUGGAGCAGGUGUCUCUCGUGGUGAAUUUUGACCUCCCAGUGGAUAUGCAAGGGAAUGCUGACAACGAGACGUACCUGCAUAGGAUCGGCCGAACAGGACGCUUUGGGCGGAGAGGAUUCGCUGUCAACAUGGUGGACAGUGACCACAGCAUGGACAUAAUCAGACAAAUUGAAAAGCAUUUCGACAAGAAAAUCACAAAACUUGAUACCAGCAACCUUGAGGAAAUGGAGGAGAUGACGAUCUGAUGUUCCAACUGUUUUCUAGUGAUUUGAGUUUAAGCUUUAAACUGAGUGUUCUUUGAGGUUUGCAUGUUUAUCUUUUGUUAAAUAUCUAAUCGUUUUGGUGUUUUUGUGUUGUGUGUAUAUUGUUUUGCAUAAGAUGCUUGCGCUUGAUUUGUAAUUCAUGCAUGUAUGGUGUAC